AUGUCCACUGAAAACAAGCUCCUUAGGACAGUGAGCAGUACUGUUGAUGAACCAUUUGUUUCGGAAGCUUUAGCAAACGAUGAUUUGAGGUCACAUAUCUCCAAACGUGAAGGCUCAGAGAGUUUAAAGAAGUCGGACUCAAAUAAUGGAUCAGAAGAUGUUGAUGAAAAGUCACCUUAUGUCAAUUUACCAGAAGCGUUGCAACAUUUGACUCAUGAUGAAUUGAAAAAGUUGGAAAAGAAGGCUAUAAGAAAAAUCGAUAUUAGAUUACUUCCUAUGUUGGCUUUUAUUUACAUUUUGAAUUUCCUUAAUCGUAGCAAUAUUACAAGUGCUAGAUUGGGUGGUUUGGAAGCAGAUUUGAACUUACAAGGAAAUCAGUACCAGGUUUGUAUCUCCAUUUUGUUUGUUGGUUAUAUUUUGUUUCAAAUUCCAGGUAAUAUGGUGUUGAAUAAAGUGGGUCGUCCAUCGAUUUUUGUUUCGGUUGUCGUGUUUAGUUGGGGUGCUUGUGCCACAGCAAUGGGAGGUGUACAAAACUACGCUGGAUUGGCAGUCACUCGUGUUUUGUUGGGUGUUGCUGAAUCGGCAUUUUUUGGUGGAGCUUUGAUGAUUUUGUCUCUAUGGUAUGACAAAAAAUCUUUGGCAUCGAGGAACUCACUUUUGUACAUUGGAAACCCACUUAGUUCUGCAUUCAAUGGAUUGUUGGCUGCGGGCCUUUUGAAAAUGGAUGGAUUGGGAGGUAUUGCCGGAUGGAGAUGGUUAUUUAUUCUUGAAGGUGGUAUCACUGUCUUAACGGUUCCAUUUGCUUACUUCAUUUUACCAGAUAAACCAGCAAAUACCAAGUUCUUGAGUGAAAUGGAAAAAGAAAUUAUUCAAUGGAAAUUGAGAAGGGAUUUGGGUGAUGUUGAUGACUCGGACAAAGAGGCAAAGGUUAGUACAUGGGAUGGUUUUAAGUUGGCGGUAAAAGACAUGAAAAUGUGGAUGAUUUGUGGUCAAGUUGCUUUCUUGGCCGCUUCUAAAGGAAUCACCAACUUUUUCCCCACCAUUGUUGCUACAUUGAACUACAGUUCUACAAUCACGUUAUGCUUGGUUGCACCACCAUAUCUUCUCGUUAUCCCGGUUUCAUACUUUUGGGCCAGACAUGCUGAUAAAACUGGGGAAAGAACUUUCCACAUCAUUAUUCCAUUGGCGCUUUUGGCUGUGUCGUACGUGCUUGUUGUAGCAACAACUAAUUUUGGCGCUAGGUAUUUUGGAAUGGUGUUGAUGAUGCCUACUUCAGCCGCAGGUUUUGUUAUUGCAAUGACAUGGAUGUCAAAUACUUGCCCCAGACCUCCUGCAAAGAGGGCAGUUGCUCUUGCCUUGAUGAUUGGAUUGUGUAAUUCGCCAUUCACUUGGACUCCCUUCUUGUAUCCAACUGGCGAUGGUCCACGUUACGUCAAAGCCAUGGUUUGUAACGUGGCCUUCUCGGUGUUGGCAAUACUUAUGGUCGUUCUUUUGAGAAUAAGAUUGAUGGUUUUGAACAAGAGAAUUGCUAAUGGAACCAUGAAUUGGCAAAAGGAGUUGGGAAAAGGUAACGAUGGGUCCAAGAUUGAUGCUGAUUUUAGAUACUUAUAUUGA